AUGGUACGGAGAGUCCCCGACUCUGAGAUUCUAGUACACAUCGCCGCCGCAAGCACCGCACAAGAUGAUGCACGCUAUAGGGCCCAAGUUGGCGCAAUCCUGGAAUUCCAGUGUGCCUCAUGCCAGCCACUGAUGAAGAUCGAGUCUUCAGGUCCCACCAAUCGAGACCCGCAGCUCUCCGAACAUUCCUCGGUGCCCCCGACGACUCAACACGAGGCUUCGCCAAUAUUGCGGGAGGCGCUCCGGCCCGCAUACACGACCCUAUCCUCGGAUCGUCACCUGGUCCCUGAAAGGGAUGGCGCGACUCCAGGGGAGCACAUCAUCUCAAAUCAUUCCUCCCUCGAGAGUCUCAUCAGCGUCAUCCCAGACUCCCAGCCAGAGAUCGCCCAACUAGUCUACGCCUCCCCAUCUCAUGCAGCACUAUCGUCUCCAUCUCAGACUACUCCACCUCCUCCUAAACGACGUCGCACAGCCCCGGCCUCGCCUGAUCAGGCGAAUCCGGGUUCGAUUCACGAAAAUCAACCUGCAGCGGACCAGCCCGCUGUAUCUCACAGGGUGACCCCCUUCCAGAAUCAGGAUAAUGGUCGCUUCCCCACUGGUUUCCCCCAAACCCCCAUCGAAAUAUCCAGCUCAGGUCAAGGCAAAAGCCCAGACUACUCCAUCAGCCACACUACGCCCUCACUUCCCAUUCCUGCAAUCCCCCCAGCCCUUAAUCCCAUCACCCUCUCCACUCUCCCUCUCGAAAUCCACCCCCCAAGACCCCCAAUCUCCACUUCCCCUUUCACUACACACAUCACUCCAACCCUGUCCAUGCUCACAGAGCGUCUGAACCCAGCACGCACCUACAAACCAUCCACUCAAUCCCGGCCCCUUGACCCCUUAGAACGGGGUUACUGGCUCGUGCGUCUCGCUAUCGAGCCACAACAACACAGAGAUCCAGCCGAUCUUCCGGACCAAACCCCAAACCCCAAGCCAAGGCCAAAAAAAUACCGAACCUGGCCUUCCCCGCUCUUCCACGCUUUCUGGUCCUUUCUCUCGGACUUUGUAGGCAGGGAUGGCCGUGCGGGCUGGGGUGUCUGGUGUAUUCUCGAAGCUGGCACGCCCACCCCAUUAACGAUCUCGUCUGACACACACCUCUCUCUAAAAGUCUAUACAUGGGGCGAGGUCGCCAUGCACGUUUACCUUCUGCUCUUCUUGGCGAGUGAACGGCGAAUUCGUGGGAUGGGUGUUCAGUGGCGGGAUUCGCGAGAAGAGGUUGUUAUUCAGAUGCCGUAG